UUAAAUAUUCUGGUUGACACUGGGAGCAGCAAUUUUGCUGUAGCAGGUGUGCCUGAUCCUGAUGUCACCUCCUACUUCAAUCCUGAGCUGUCAAGUACAUACAAGUCUCAAGGGAUUGAUGUCACAGUUAAGUACAGUCAAGGAAGCUGGACUGGAGUGCUGGGUACAGAUGUCAUUACUAUCCCAAAAGGAAUCUAUGGCAGCUACACCAUCAACAUUGCUACCAUUCUUGAAUCGGAGAAUUUCUUCUUGCCAGGAGUUAAAUGGCAUGGGAUUCUUGGUCUUGCCUACAAUGCCUUAGCCAAGCCUUCAAGUUCUGUGGAGACCUUCUUUGAUUCUCUUGUGCAGCAGGCGAAGAUCCCCAACAUUUUCUCUUUGCAGAUGUGUGGUGCUGGACUGCCUGUUUCUGGAACUGGUACCAACGGAGGUAGUCUUGUUCUGGGUGGAAUUGAACCAAGUCUGUACAAGGGUGAUAUUUGGUACACACCGAUCAAAGAGGAGUGGUAUUACCAGGUUGAAAUUCUGAAACUGGAGGUUGGAGGACAGAACCUUGAAUUGGACUGCAGAGAGUAUAAUGCUGAUAAAGCAAUAGUAGACAGUGGAACCACGCUCCUUCGUCUGCCCCAAAAAGUCUUCAGUGCUGUUGUGCAAGCAAUAGCUCGCACGUCCCUGAUACAAGAAUUCUCUUCUGGUUUCUGGACUGGUUCACAGCUUGCAUGCUGGGAUAAAACUGAAAGACCCUGGUCCUUAUUUCCCAAACUUUCCAUUUACCUGAGGGAUGAAAACUCCAGUAGGUCGUUUCGGAUCUCUGUCCUACCACAGCUUUAUAUUCAACCCAUCCUUGGAAUAGGAGAGAAUUUACAGUGCUACCGAUUCGGCAUCUCUUCCUCUGCAAAUGCGCUAGUUAUUGGUGCUACAGUCAUGGAAGGCUUCUAUGUAAUAUUUGACAGAGCCCAGAGGAGAGUGGGCUUUGCAGUGAGUCCGUGUGCAGAAGUUGAUGGCUCUCCAGUAUCUGAGAUUGAAGGCCCUUUCACAACAGCAGAUGUUGCAAGCAACUGUGUUUCUAGCAUUUCUUUCCACGAACCAGUGUUGUGGAUUGCCUCCUAUGCUCUCAUGAGCCUGUGUGGAAUUAUCCUCCUUGUACUGAUCAUUCUGCUGCUUAUUCCACCACGGUGUCAGCAUCGCUACACUGACAAUGAUGUGGUCAAUGAUGAAUCCUCCUUAGUGCGUCAUCGAUGGAAAUGAGAAACUUGAUCAUGAAACCUGGGACUUAAACAGGAUGAAGAACAAAGUACUUUGCAAGGGGAAGAAGCCAAUGCCUCAGUCCUUUCUAUGUUCAUUACAAAUUGCUGUUGAAAUCCUGCCAAAUAUCCUGCAUCGUAACUUUUUAAGCUUUAUUUUCUAACACUGAUUCUGAACCAAAGCACUGUUAACCACCUCUUAAGUGCUACGGUACUGGUUUUGCUACUGCAGUGCAAUGAGCCUUUAUGCUCUCAACAGUACCUUCUUUUUAAAAA